AUGACACCCGGACAUCCCACCAACCCACCAACAGUCUCCCCCUUCCUUCGGGUUAUCAACAGGUGCAAUCUAGAUGGAACCAUCCCCUCAGGCAUUGGCUCCUUAGCAAGUCUCGAGUACCUCCAGCUGUCGGUGAAUCAGUUCACGGGACCAAUUCCUGAUUCCAUUGGGAACCUCUGGCAACUUCGGUACUUGGACCUGUCAUACAACCAGCUCUCUGGACCCAUCCCACCAACCCUCAGCAACCUCGGCAGACUAACACAACUGAAUCUCCAUUCCAACUAUCUGACAGACUCCAUCCCUUCGAUUAGCUCAAUGACAGAUAUGCUCUACCUGGACCUAGGCCACAACCGUCUGUCAGGAGACAUCCCAGACCUGAGUGCCAUGACCAACCUCGGAAGCCUAGACCUAAGUCAGAACGAGCUGAGUGGAAGCAUCCCAGCAUACCUCUUCUCAUUUGCGAAACUCGACCAACUAUUGCUUAGCAUGAACCAGUUCACGGGAUCCAUCCCCACAACAAUCGACAGCCUUACCAACCUCAGACGCCUGUCUCUUGCUUUCAACCAGCUGUAUGGAACCAUACCGGCCACAACCACCAGCCAUGAUUUUCUGGUGUCAUUCGACCUCUCCCACAACUACCUCACAGGCCCCAUAGUGAAGCCCGAUACCGGCACCGCUGACCUAUCUAACAACUACCUCUCGGGCACACUGACUGGGGAGCCGACUGAUGUCUCUGUGGCCGCCAACUGCUUCACGUUGCCUGACGGGGCUACCUGGUCGCCGCAGCGGCCUGAAUCAGCAUGCCAAGCGUUUUGCGGCAUCUCCAAGUUGAAUUCCAGUGCUGGUGGUGGUGCUGGUGGUGUUGCCUGUGGCGGCCAUGGGCUGUGCUAUCCGGAUGGACCUAGCUUGGCGCCGACUUGCUCGUGUGACGAGGGGUUCGUUCAGUUUGGAAAGAUCUACUGCCUUGUUGAAGGCUCGGUUCUCGCCUCCCCAGUCGACAAGGAGAUUCUCCCCUCAGCAACUGUGCUCACUGUGGGGACCAAGAAGGAAGCCAGAGGGAGGUUCAUGGAACAGCCAGUGACCCUCUUUGUGUACGACCAAGGCCGGGAGGACCCCGGGUGCGGGUUCGAGCUGGGCUUUAACGUCAACUUCACCUUCUCCCUCUCGCCCAAAGGGAAGGCAGUUUCGAACGGCUUUGCGUUUGUGGUGUCGGCAACAACCACGGUGGGGAGCAGCGAUGGCGUGGGGUACGGUGGGAUGGAUUCCCGAAGCAUGGCCAUCGAGUUUGAUGUUCUCCAAAACAUCCAGCAUCUCGACAUGAAAGAUCAGCACGUGGGAUUAAACAUCAACGGGCAGGACAUAUCAAUCGCGGCUGUGAAGUCCCCAUUCCCGUUGGCCAACAAGCAGGCAUACACGGCAUGGGUGGACUACCAGCCUGGCGAUCCCGGCACCAUCCAGGUCUUCCUCGCAAAGGAGACAGUGAUGAGGGCAAGGAAGAGGGUAGGGAAGAGGAUAGUGAAGCGGGUAGUGAAGCAGAGGGCACAGAAGCCGAUGAGGCCGCUGCUGGAGAGGCGCCUGUCGCUGUGUGAUGUGCUGCAGCCGGGGCCACCUCAAGAGGAUCCGCAGGCAGAUUACGAUGGGCCGCAGGCGCAGCAGGCGUUCUACUUUGGGUUCGUGGCGUCCACCACUGUGCAGCCAUUCAUGAGCCAUGCCAUUCUCAACUCGUUCGUGCACGCUGACCUGCCUCCUCCACCCGCCUCAGUCGACGUUCCUUCAGCUCUUGGCCUGAGUCUCACGGUGAGCACGUAUGCACCAGCGUGGGCGAGUCCGUUCCCGCGCUAUGUGAGUGCGGACUACCGAGUGGCGGCAGGGAAGCAGGACUCGUGGGUCUUCAGGGACCUCCACUCCUGGGACUCCGUGCCCUUCCUCGGCUGGCCCGUCAAGAACCAGGCCGACUGCAAUGCGUGCUGGGCGUAUGCGGUGGUGGCGAGCAUAGAAGCAGCAUACGGCAUCGCAACGAAUGCAGAGGCGCCGCAGCUGUCAGUGGAGUCGCUCUUUGCAGCCAUGGGGGUCAGCAAAGGGGACAAGUGCACCACUGGGGGCUCCCCGACCGAUGCCUUUGAAAAACUUCUUACUCUGCCAAAAGGGGGACUCGCCUUGGACGGCAAUCCAGGGAAAAAGUAUCCUAUUCAGGGAUUCGAGCGCGCAUCGUUCAAGGGGUAUGUGGGGCUCAUGCUGGCAGUGCAGCGGCAGCCAGUGGUGGUUCACAUCGAAGCCUCCGCUGACACGUUCGCUUCCUAUGACGGGACGUUCAAGUACCAGGACCCUGCCUGCUACAGCGGCAACCUGAACCACGUGGUGCUGCUGGUGGGAUAUUUCAUUCUCCGGGAUGACGGCAGUCAGAGCCGCAUUGCUCCGCCGUUUUGGAUCGUCCGCAACUCGUGGGGCGAGGGCUGGGGAGAUAGGGGCCACAUGCGCAUGGACAUUCAGGGAGGUGAUGGCGUGUGUGGCAUCAACGUGCUGCCUGGCAUCUACCCCAUUGUCAAGAUCCCGGGGGACCCAUGCGGCAGCAAGAGCUACAAGGGCGAUGGUGACCUGCAGCCCAGCAUGAACCCGUGCGGACGCUUCACCUGCACGGCCAUUGCACAGACGGACACCAGCAUGUGCACGUGUUCCCUCGCCUCUCAGCCCAAGCAGCCCUUUGUCCCAGUCGUACCACCCCCUUCUACCACCCCCUUCUACCACCCCCUUUUCACCCUUAAUGGGAGUGGACUUGUGCAGGUCGUACCACCCCCUUCUACCACCCCCUUCUACCACCCCCUUUUCACCCUUAAUGGGAGUGGACUUGUGCAGGUCGUACUUGAAGCAUCUCUUAGCCUUCAGCCCCGCUCUCAUCCCCCGCUACCACCCCCUCUUACCCGGCACGGCAGUGGACGUGUGUGGGUCGUACUUGAUUUUUGCCUUCAUCCCCCCCAUCAUCCCCCUCUACCCGACAUGGCAGUGGACGUGUGCGGGUCGUACUUCAAGAACCCCUGUGCUGUGGGCACAUGCAUCAACGAUGGCAAGGGCUCCUACUCCUGCAUCUGCCCUCCCAACCACGUCCCCAGCCGAACCAUCGAUGAUUUCCCCACCUGCGACCCAGGUUCGGACAAAAUGCUGUUCCCUCCCUUGCCUGCCAUUCAGGUGCGAUCAACUGCUGCUCCCUCCCCGCUUGCCACCCAGAUGCUUCCUCUUCCCCUCUCCGUGCACAAGGCAUCUGGCCUCUUGAUCGCCACCACCAUGACAGUCGACGGAGACAAUUGGUCAUGCAGCAAUGUGCAUCCUGUGCUUGGCGUCACGCUCGCGCAGUUCAAGAGCAGCAACUCUGAUAUAAACUGCAACCAGCCUUUGCCUAGAGGAACGGUGCUUCAAAUCGCAGGCACUCCCUCCAUCCCCUGCACUGCGUUCUUCUACACCCUCAAUGGCGACACGUGUCAGUCCAUUGCCACCUCCAUUGGUCGCACAAAAAACGAUCUCAUGACUCUCAACCCGGGCCUCUCCUGCACCCAAGCCAUCAAGCCCGGCCGCUCCCUCUGUGUGGAGCGCAACGCCACAUACGCCUACACGGCCCCCAAGUGUGUCAAGUACGCCACUCUCACAGCGCAGGACACCUGUGAAAGCCUGCUAAAGGGGUCGAAAAACCCAAAGAUUGAGCCCCACUUCUGGGCUGAGCUCUACCGCAACAACCCCGGGCUUGUCUGCUCCAACACCGUCCCUGGCUCUGCCUCAGCUGUCGGCAGCAACAUUGGCGUGCAGGUGAGGGGCAGGGGGGACGGAGGUGUGCCUCAGGGCGGAGUACUGGUCGUUUGA